AUGUCGACAUCGAUCACAACUACUACUGCGCCACUCAUACAAAUUGCCACUACUCAAAUGACAUUCUAUAGUCCCAUCAUUCUUCUCAUCGUUGGCAUCAUCAGCUGCCUCUGCAACUUUAUCACCUUCACUUCACCUCAGCUUCGAAAAUCAUCAUGCGCAUUCUACUUUCUUCUCUCAAGUAUUUUUGAGCUAUUUGUUGUUACCUUUGGUCUCAUAUCGCGAUUUGCUGCCGAUCAUCUUGGCAGUACGCUCAUCAACACGGAUCGAGCAUACUGUAAACUUCGCGCUUAUCUCGUCUCCAUCUUGCCACUCAUCGCUACCUACAUGAUCCUGCUCUCAUCCAUCGAUCGAUGCUUGUCAUCAUCAGUCAGUGCUCGUCUUCGACUGUUUGGCCAAAUGAAAGUGGCAUAUGUUGCGAGUGCGGUGGCAAUUCUUCUGGCUUUUGUUUCAGGUCUUCACAUUUUGAUCGGAUAUGAUCUUCGACCGCGGUGUGCAGCAUUGCCAGGUGUAUUCGCCAUGUAUGACAGUAUGUUUGUGGUGUUCUGGCUAGGUGUGAUUCCUCAUGUACUGAUGUUAUUGUUUGGUUUCCUGACGUUGAUGAACGUUCGACGAACGAAACAGCGUAUAGCAGUAAAACCUGCAAAGAAUGCGAACAUAUCAGAUCAACAGCAAGAAGGUCAUAAACAGAAGACAGACGCACAAUUGAUGAUGAUGAUGCUUGUUCAAGUCGGAUUAAGUUUCAUAUUAAUAAUGACUCGAAUGAUCUACUAUGCAUACUAUGUGCUGGGUCCAUCAUUGACAGAUUCACAUGAUUCAAAGAAGUGUACGACAUCGAUUUAUAUUUGGCUUCACAAAAUCCAACAUAUUCAAAAUAUCUUCAUUUUUCUAUACCAUCUUAUUCCGAUAAACACCAAACAUCAUAAAACGAUGGUGGAAAACAAUAUGCUUGCACCGCUUUCAACGACUACUCAAGCAUCCAUCAGAAUUGCCACUACUGAAAUGACCUACUACAGUCCCAUCGUUCUUCUCAUCGUUGGCAUCAUCAGCUGCCUCUGCAACUUUAUCACCUUCACUUCACCUCAGCUUCGAAAAUCAUCAUGCGCAUUCUACUUUCUUCUUUCAAGCAUUUUUGAGCUAUUUGGUGUUACCUUUGGUCUCAUAUCGCGAUUUGCUGCCGAUCAUCUUGGCAGUACGCUCAUCAACACGGAUCGAGCAUACUGUAAACUUCGCGCUUAUCUCGUCUCCAUCUUGCCACUCAUCGCUACCUACAUGAUUCUGCUCUCAUCCAUCGAUCGAUGCUUGUCAUCAUCAGUCAGUGCUCGUCUUCGACUGUUUGGUCAAAUGAAAGUGGCAUAUGUUGCGAGUGCGGUGGCAAUUCUUCUGGCUUUUGUUUCAGGUCUUCACAUUUUGAUCGGAUAUGACCUUCGACCACGGUGUGCAGCAUUGCCAGGUGCAUUCGCCAUGUAUGACAGUAUGUUUGUGGUGUUCUGGCUAGGUGUGAUUCCUCAUGUACUGAUGUUAUUGUUUGGUUUCCUGACAUUGAUGAACGUUCGACGAACGAGACAGCGGGUUGCAGCAAAACCAAGCACGAAUGUUAAUGCACCAAAUCAGCGACAGAAGUGUCGUAAACAGAAGACAGACGCACAAUUGAUGAUGAUGAUGCUUGUUCAAGUCGGAUUAAGUUUCAUAUUAAUAAUGACUCGAAUGAUCUACUAUGCAUACUAUGUGCUGGGUCCAUCAUUGACAGGUUACGAUAAAUUGGUGGGAUCAUUUCUGAUGUCAUUCACAACACAAGUGUACUAUGCUAAUUACUGUAAAUCAUUCUAUAUAUACACAUUAUCUAGUGGUUUAUUUCGACGAGUUUUUGUUCAAAGAGUGACAUAUUAUCCUCGAAAAGUACUUAAUCUACGUAAGCCCAUAAAAGCCAACAUGUCAGAUGAUAAGACGGAUGAUACACAAACGGAUGUAGAUGCAGUAACUCGUGGUAUAAGACGACAAAGGUAA